GUGUGUCAAUGAAGGGAAUCGCAUCGUCAAAAGAUUAUCAAUCACAAAAACGUGGUGAUAACUUUCGGACAGUGAGGCACUGUCCCUGCAGUUCUCUCUCUCCUCUCUCUCCCUUCUCGAUUCCUCAACGAUGAAUCUCUGGAACUUUCACCCAACCGCCUUCAUACUCCUUCCACUUCUACCCCUCGUACGAAGCUUCACACUUACCAACAUCCCUUCCGUAAUUCCCGUCUCGGAACCUUUCACCGUCGACUGGACUUCGGAUCCGACUGUUGACCCAGUAAACAUCACCGUCAUUGUAUACGACGCAACAAGAACGCCUGCAUGUUCUGCGAGCGACAUAUCUCAUUACGAACUUGCUGCUAUGGCUAAAGACGUAUCCAGUGGGGAAGGCCAGAUUUCAUUUACGGCUCCUCAUUCUGGGAAGUACAUCUUGUGUGCCUUUAGCGUUUCCAAUUCUCUCGACCCAAGGAGCGCAAACGGCCAGAGCCUAUUCAACUCAACCGUGGUACCUGCCACGCUCGUCGCUCAAACUGUCACCGUCACCGCUUCCCCAACCGCCACCAACACCAACUCAGUCACCAACUCAGCCCCUCAAAGAAACCCACACGACGGAGCCAUAAUCGGAGGAACCUUAGGCGGAUUCAUUGCCCUGCUCAUAGCAAUCAUUCUAGCUCUCUUCUGGUUCGGGCGGUACAGAAUCGUAUCUGUCUCUCGGUACGGCCAGAAAUCGCUUUCGAGGGAAGAUAUCAUAGAAUCUGAACGACGGGCGGUGGAGAAUUUCACUCAUGGAGGAGGGUAUCCUGUCCGGCGUGUGCAACCUGAUGGUCAGGGUUGGACUGCUUCAGAUGAAAGGCCACCCUCGUAUGAUAGCGUUCAUGGUGCACAGGAGUGAUCCGACAGCGAAUCUCUUGGACUAUUGACUCAUUUGUAUAACUGCAAUAUGUUCACUCGCCUAAUUAGCAUGAUCGAUGUCGAAGGGGGGAUGACGGGCGUCAUCCGAGUAGACCGAAACUGAAAAGGAAUUGGGAGGGUUCGGAGGGAUGUGCGAAAAUCAAUACAUACUAUCCUCCUGUCAGGUACUACUACAUAGUUCACUGGGGGCGCAUUUGGGCGCAUUGCACGCAGUACGGUACCCUCUUCCGACCAAUGAUCUAUAUAACCCAAAGUGGAAAAAGACCGUGACCC